AGUUUGGUACGGUACGUCUCAAGGCUUGCACACGUCUCUUGCGAUCGGCGGUUGAGUGUUUUUGAAACCCGUAAAACGCGGAAACCACCCCCGGAACCAAAUACACAUUUUACUAUAUAUGCUUGCUCUCUGACAAAAUCUCAAACCAACCCCAAAAGUCUCUAGACCCACAACAUAGCCCCAUGGGUCCCUUGCGUAACUGUGCUCACCUGAGGUGUUCACUACUUUAGUUUGCCGAUGCAUGGCAACACCGUGUUGACCGAGUGGCAAAAGCGAAACAAGUAAAUCGCGUGAAAUACUUUUCCACCCGCUGCACAUGAACGCGAUGGAAGUGCUAACUCACGUGUUGAUGUGAAUACUAAAUAAGAUUUUAAAAAGGCGCAAAAGUGAAGACAUAUCGAAAAUUGCUGAGACUCCAGAGUGUGGAGGGCAGUGGAGGACGGUGCUCGCCAGAGUGUUGUGAAGAUAUGCUCCUAGGCACCCAAAACCACUGCGGCGCCAAUCUGGCUAACUCGAAGGGCGCCACGGAUUUCUCAAUUGCGGCAAUCAUGGCUCGGGGCCCCUCAAGUCGUGAGCCAUCGGAAAGGAGUAUUAGCCCAAUUUCUGUAGAUCGCUUCCCAGAGGGCGAUGAUGACGUUGAUGUGGACGUGGAACAGUGUAGUGAUUCAGAAGGUCCCCCGAGGACUCCAAGAACUUCAAGUACAGCUUUGCCCACACCCCCAAGUCCCUCCGAUGAGGAUAGAUUGUCCCCCGAGCCAGUUCAGACACGACCUGGUUUACUGGGAUCAUGCAACUGUGAUGAAUUACGGCCCGUCCAGUGUCAUUUGGAGACAAAAGAAUUAUGGGAUAAAUUUCAUGAAUUGGGAACAGAGAUGAUCAUCACGAAAACUGGAAGGCGGAUGUUCCCCACACUGAGGGUGUCCUUCAGUGGUCCGCUGCGCCAGGCACAGCCCGCCGACCGGUACGCGGUCCUCCUGGACAUUAUUGCCGUGGACUGCCGGAGGUAUCGCUAUGCAUAUCACAGAUCGUCGUGGCUUGUGGCUGGAAAAGCAGAUCCACCACCACCGCCACGACUCUACGCUCAUCCCGACAGCCCCAUAAGCGCUGAAGCUCUCCGCAAGCAGGUUGUUUCAUUCGAGAAGGUUAAGCUCACCAACAAUGAAAUGGACAAAAAUGGACAAAUUGUCCUGAACUCGAUGCACAGAUACCAGCCCCGGAUACACUUGGUACGCCUUGGACCGGGUCAGAACAUUCCCGUCUCACCGAAGGAACUCCAAGAGGUCGAACAUAAGACCUACGUGUUCCCCGAGACGGUCUUUACGGCCGUUACUGCCUACCAGAACCAACUGAUAACCAAAUUGAAGAUUGACUCGAAUCCCUUUGCUAAGGGUUUUAGGGAUUCAUCCAGACUAACGGAUUUCGACAGGGAUCCCAUGGAUGCAUUGCUGUUGGAGCAACACCUCCGGACACCGUUGCGUCUAUUUCCGGAACCGUUGCUGCCGCAAUUUCCGCAGGACGCCGACGGGGUGGCACUGCUGGAGAAAGCGCGGCAACAGCUACAAAUUUGGGGACGAUCCCCAUACACGGAGCUCCUUCUGCCUCAGGUAUACCAACGACCGGGAUUGGGGGCGCUAAAUCUCGGUCUGUGGCAGGGUCAGUGGCCACCCCAGUUGUCUGCUGGGUUCCUUACCUCAGCCGCUGCGGCUUCGCGAACACCCCCACCCUCCGUCUCCACGCCCUCCAGCUCCGGCUCACCCUCACCUGAUAUACGCGCGAAACAUUUUUCACGCUUCAGCCCCUACCAGGUACCACCCCAUCAUCCACCCGCCGCGAGAAGCCCACCCAAUUAGCGGCGUCACUGAGCUCCCGAGCCCAUGUUCCCAAAGACAGAAUCCACACACACACACAUACAUACAUACAUACAAUAUCACGUUUCCUGUGAAUAUAUAUAUA